GUAUUGUUUGGCACACCAAUCUUUUUGUGAAUUAAAAGAUUGCUUAAUUUGGUAGACCCAUAGGUUAUAAGUACAAAAUAAUGGAAGGGAUUUUGACGAACAAGAUCGACUUGAUGAUCCCGGAGCUCCGGUGGCCGGGGUCGGACUUGGCGUCGGAGAUAUGGGAUUUGGUAAAGGAGCCUCUAGUGGUUCCUGCGCUUAGGGUGGCGGUGUAUAUAUGUUUGGGCAUGUCAAUUAUGCUCUUUGUUGAGAGGCUUUACAUGGGGAUUGUGAUAGUUUUGGUCAAGAUUUUCUGUGGAAAGCCUGAGAAUAGGUACAAAUGGGAACCUAUUCGUGAGGAUUACGAGAUUGGUAGUGCUGCUUUUCCUUGUGUUCUUGUUCAGAUCCCUAUGUUCAAUGAAAAAGAGGUUUAUAAGAUCUCCAUUGGAGCUGCAUGUAAUUUGUCUUGGCCAUCCGAUCGUCUUGUGAUUCAAGUUCUUGAUGAUUCUACCGACCCUAUCAUCAAGGAUAUGGUGGAGAAGGAAUGUGAGAGGUGGGAAAGCAAAGGGAUCAACAUAAGAUACCAAAGGAGGGUGAGCAGAGGAGGAUACAAGGCCGGAGCUCUCAAGGAAGGCUUGACACACAAUUAUGUGAAUGACUGUGAAUACGUUGCCAUCCUCGACGCCGAUUUCAGGCCCGACCCUGAUUUUCUCCUUCGUUCUAUCCCUUUCUUGGUUCACAAUCCCGACCUCGCUCUUGUUCAAGCUCGUUGGCGCUUUGCAAAUGCGGACGAGUGUUUGUUGACAAGAAUGCAAGAGAUGUCUUUGGAUUACCAUUUCAAAGUGGAGCAAGAAGUGGGUUCCUCCACUCAUGCUUUCUUCGGCUUCAAUGGGACGGGUGGCAUAUGGAGGAUAGCAGCGAUCCAAGAGGCUGGUGGUUGGAAAGACCGAACUACUGUUGAAGACAUGGAUCUUGCCGUCCGAGCUGGUCUUAAGGCCUGGAAAUUCCUUUACCUUGGAGACCUACAUGUUAAAAGUGAACUUCCUAGUACUUUCAAGGCAUUUCGUUUCCAACAACACCGUUGGUCUUGUGGCCCUGCUAAUUUGUUCAGAAAAAUGUUCAUGGAAAUAAUCAAAAACAAGAGAGUGAGUGUGUGGAAGAAGGUGUACGUGAUAUACAGCUUCUUCUUUGUACGGAAGAUAAUAGCACACAUGGUCACGUUCUUCUUCUACUGCGUCGUUCUUCCUUUAACCAUUUUGGUGCCAGAAGUGAACGUCCCAAAAUGGGGAGCCAUAUACAUUCCAUGCAUUAUCACGGCUCUCAAUUCUGUCGGUACCCCUAGGUCAAUCUACUUGUUGUUUUACUGGAUCUUAUUCGAGAAUGUCAUGUCCUUCCACCGCACCAAGGCUACAAUCAUAGGUUUGCUUGAAGCAAAGCGGGCAAACGAAUGGGUUGUCACUGAAAAAUUGGGAGAAGGUAUCAAUAAUAACAACAACAAGACAAGCAUCGUCAAAGCUGCAGCUAAGAAGACAAAGCCAACAUUGUUCAAAGACAGGAUACUUCCACAAGAGCUAGGGUUUGCGGUAUUUCUGUGCUUUUGUGGAGUGUAUGACUUGAUGUAUGGGAAGAACCGCUACUAUAUAUACCUCUUUCUCCAAGCACUAACUUUUACAAUAGCAGGGUUUAGCUACAUCGGCACUAUCGUCCCUUCGUAGUUAGGUUUUCAUAUUUUUUGUUAGCGGAAGAAGAUUUAAUGAAUAACUAACUAUAUA